AUGAAUCCAUUCCGCCUAGCUGCGCGACAUUUGAAAUACAUCCAUCGAAGACCAAUCACCAUGGCCAUCAAAGUCCCAGGCGACAUCGAAGUCAACACGAUCCCAGGCCUAAGCCUGCAGGACCUCGCCUCAUUCCCAGCUUACAAAACCUGGGUGACCACACUACAACACUCCCUAUCGCGACAAAAGAACCCCACCCACGAAUUCCAUCAAGACCCCUAUGUCCUUCGCAGAAUCGACAUCCAAGCGGUGGACCGAUUUGGGGGCGCGCGGCUCGGCUUCGUCAAGCUAAAAGCCGAGGUGUCAAAUAGCCGGGGCGAGACCCUCCCCGGAAGUGUUUUCCUUCGUGGAGGCAGUGUAGCCAUGCUGCUUGUCCUGCAACCGGAUGAUAUUGCCAACCCGACAGAUAAUGAUAAGCGCGCUAUCCUCACUAUUCAGCCCCGCAUCCCCGCGGGCUCGUUGGCUUUCCCCGAAAUCCCCGCGGGCAUGCUGGAUGAUAGUGGGACUUUUGCGGGUGGUGCGGCCAAGGAAAUCCAGGAGGAAACGGGGUUACUGGUUGAGCAGGGUGAUUUGAUUGAUAUGACUGCUUUGGCGGCCCGGGUGAAUGAUGGCUCUGCUGAUGGGGAGUCGUUGCAGAACGCUGUUUAUCCCUCUGCUGGUGGGAGUGAUGAGUUUAUUCCAUUGUUCCUGUGUCAGAAGACCAUGCCGCGGAAGGAGAUUGACGAAUUACAGGGUAAAUUGACUGGGCUCCGUGAUGAAGGAGAAAAGAUCACGCUUAAGAUUGUUCCCCUGGGAGAUUUAUGGAAGGCCGGAGUCAGAGAUGGGAAGACUCUAGCUGCCUGGGGACUGUACCAAGGCUUGAAGAAGGAGGGCCUGAUCUGA